ACCAUCAGUUACAGGACAUUAAAUGCAGUGUCUACAGUGCUGAUUAUAAAUUAACAAUUCUACAUUAAAAAAAAUAAAAUGUGAUGUGAAAUAUAUCAGUGUUGCUUCAUGCUGUGUUAACAUUAGCAUUUGAGGUAUUGAAGCAUGAAGAUGACAGGAUCACACAGCUUACAGGAAUCUCUUUAUUGAAAUGUAAAAGUUUCACAGCUUCCAGUAGGUGAUUUACAAUUAAAAUCUCUCCCAUUUCUGGUAAGUGUUAUAGCAUAAUUCUUAUCAUUUAGAUUGUGUAAUUGGUAGCUUACUUUGAUCCUGGUGUCCAGAGUUCAACAUAGAAACUCGAUCACCAUCACUAUUUUUUAUUCACACUUUUGAACAGAAGCAGUGAUGUAAGAUAUGGAUUUAUCACUGAGAUUUCUGUAAACCAUAAACAAGUUGCAUGACCAUGUUUUACAGUGACAGACAUUUCCUUGUGUAUUAGACACAAUAAAUGGAAUGGACUGGUAUAUAUAGCACCCUGGGAACUUCAUUCAACAGACUGCUCUCAAUUUCUGCUAGACAGAUACAACCUGAAACAUAAGAAUCGUAGCUGCAGUCAUCAUCCUGAUCAUCAUGAAGGUUUGGAUUGUGUGUGUGCUGCUGUGUGCUACCUUUACACUGAGGACUGUUACAGCUGCAGCAAUUGAGACUGGACCUGAGGAGGAACAGGUACUUCAAGUUGAGGAAAAAGAGGAAGCUCCCAAAGUCAAUACUGCUGAAGUUAAAUCAGGCAUCUGUCCACAUGGAUGGGUCAAAUAUGGAUCACGCUGCUUUCGACUCAUGAGAUCAAGUCUGUCCUGGAUCGGUGCUGAGGAACAGUGUGCAGCUGAACAGGCAAGACUGGCAUCUGUACAAAGUCUUGGGGAUCAUAAAUUCCUGCAGAGUUUGCUUGAUAUGGCUGGUCUGUCACAGGCUUGGAUUGGUGCUUACAACUUCCAGGGAACAUGGCUGUGGGUUGACACAGCUCGCUUCUACUACAGUAACUGGUACUCACUGAGCAGUGUGGGCAGCUACCCAUGUGCUCUCAUGAACAGUAAUGUUGGCUGGUCCAAUACUAUCUGUGAACGUGGAUACCCUUUUAUCUGUUCUAUUGAGCUAAAUACAUGUUAAAGUACAGAUGAAUAACUGUCUAUAAUUUUAAAGCUGAUAUGGCAAAAUAAAUCUGUUUUCGGAACACUUGACCUAUAAACACUGUUGAU